CCCUUUAACCCUAGCUGUUGGACCCCCGCGCCACCUUUAGAACCCGAGAGAGAGAGAGAGAGAGAGGAGUGAGAGCGGAGGCCUCCGUAUUACGUCUCCUCUCCUCUCUCCGCCGCCGCUGCCAUCGCCGCAGAAGCUCCGACGACGAGAGAGCCAGAGAGAAGAGAGCUUCUGCUGCUUGAACGCAUACAUAAUCGAUACAUAUACUAUACGUAUUAAAAAAAUAAAGGAACUGCCGCGGCGGUUUUGAUCAUAUCUAGAAACGUCCGUCUGCAAAUGGCCCGCUCCGUCUCCACCGCCACGCUUCUCGCAGUCUCCGUUGCUGAUAGCCUCUCCGCCGCCGUUUUCCGGCGGGGUUACGCGGUAGCGGCUCAUGGAACGGCCUCAUCAGCAGGAUUUGCUCGGGGAGGGUCUAGUGCCGGAAUCAUGGGGCCGAUCGAGGGGAGGGCGGCUGCGGCCAUGAGAGAAAACUCUGGGGCUGCCUCGACAUGGGCCCCGGAUCCCGUGACUGGCUACUAUAGGCCCGCUAACAGUGCAGCCGAGAUCGAUGCGGCGGAGCUGCGGGCGAUGCUCCUCAACCAGAAGAAGUAAGGCCAUAGCAAGACGACGAAGAAGCGGAAGAUCGCCCCGGUUGGCCAUCGCGCGAUCGAUCAAGUGCUUGGAGCCCAUUCUAGCAUCAUGUUUAGGGGGGUUGACUAUGACCGACUGUCCGGUCAAUCGGGAAAUGAGCUUUGAGGUUAUUGUGGUGGCGAUAUGUACUAAUUAUAUAAUUAAUUAACUUAACAAUAAGAAGAGAUAUAUGUGUGUGUGUUUUUGUUCCCGGACGAGGUGGUGUUAUUACGUUACUUAUUUAAACUUUGUCCUUUCAAUAUAAUCUCAAUUUUCGGCUUC